AUGAACGCUAUAAUUAAGGAUUUAAAUAACAAGAAAAACAGCCUAAUUACUGUAAUUAAGAUUCUACAGGAGGAUCAACAUAAUGAACGGCCAUGGAGUGUUGAAACGAAACAAAAGAAGAUCCCGAAACGAAACAUACCACCCACCGAGAAAACUUCAAACAAUGGCGAACCAUUUAGAUCAAACAAUCGAUAUUUCAUUUUAAGCGACACAGACAAUGAAGACGAAGUCGUUAUUACACCCGAA